AUGACAUGACGCUUCCAUCAAACUUUGCACUAAAUAGUUGAUAUGCUACAGGAGAGCUUAGGCUAUAAUUAGCGGUUUUUAAGUUUUUAUUUAAAAGAACAUGCAAAUGACGACGUAAACGUUUUCGAAAAUGAAGCCAAAUUCUGUUGGCGGGGAAAAUGUGCGGUCACCGUCUGGUGGUGAUGAUUCCACUUCGUUGUGCAUCAGCCUCUGAUUCCAUUACGUUUUCACAUGGGGCCUCCUACAGUAGACUACUUUCAGCUCGCAUACGGAAUAUUCCGCUGACGGCAGAUAGCUCUGAUGAUCACUGCUUCUCCCUGCGAGCGACCCCUCACUCCAACCAUCAGAGAGCAGAGGAAAGUCAGCCACCUCCACUUGAACUCUGAAGAGCCGCUGCGUUGUUAUUCACUUCACAUUGUGGAGCAUGGCAACGACAAUCACCACAGACCCGGGGACGGACCUGGAAGAUGUGCUUCGUGAGUUUGACGACGUGGUGGAGGAACUCAAAGCGCCUUGCAGAAGCAGCUCUGGUGCGACCCAACAUCUCCUUGAAGAGGGGAUACGCGGCGCGUCGUGCGACUAUUACAGCAUUAGUGGCGAUAGUGGCGUCGAGGACUCGGAUUACUGCAGCGAAGCUUCUCUGGGUAACAGUUUGAACACCAGCCAAGAGGAGCUCCGCCCAGCGGGCAUCUCGCUGACAGCUAAAGCGCGGCUGGGAGACACGGUGGAUCUUCAGAGCUUCAUCGACAGCUUGGACCGGGAGCUCUCUGAGAUGUGAACGGAGAGGGGAACACAGCAGAGAGAGAGAGGGAGAGAGAGAGAGAGAGAGAGAGAGAGAGAGAGAGAGAGAGAGAGAGGUGAGAAGAGGAGGUCAUUGGGUAACACAAGCGUAGCCCCACAAUAUCUAAACAGAUCUGCAAGGUGGGGGUGAGGGUCGGGUGAGGUUGGGGUGGAGGGGGGAGGGGGUAAAGGUCCACAUAUCCCUGGUCGCCCCAGUAGGGAAAAGGUUAACGCUUAGGUAUUAAAGGGCAUGCUGUUCCCUUACGUACAUCUGCCACCGGCGCUGAACCUCUCAUCCCUCCAACGUGCUCUCUAACGCCCUCUCCCACAAGACUCCGCAGACCCCAGCAGGGUCAGAUCCAGGGAAGAGGACGGGAUCCAGGGGAGAGGGGGGAAGGAGUGAGGAGAGGGUCCAUCUGUCACAGAGCAUGAGAGGGCUGCAUCUAGAGAGUUGGGGGGCCUUGUUUGUGCCACGUUUUCAAAUUCCCUCGAAUGCCACGCCAGUAAUCCGCUUGCAAUCCUUCUGGCAAUUUCUCUUUUUUUUUUAUAAAAUGAUGAAUUCCUUUCUGUCUUGAUGCAUUUCCACCAGCUGGGCUUUAAGACCGUCUUGCAUUAUUAAGAAGGAGCCGAUGUUUAUGUUCAGAUGGCAAUGAAUUUAGUCUGAAUUUUUUGUUCAUAUUGUUUCAUAUUGUAUAGUUUGUGCAAUUGUCAAACUUUGACGCUCUCGUCACCAUCAUAUUCGACAGAAAAGUGGACAAAUUAAACAAAACAACUUUUAAUGAUAUUGCUAUUGUAUUAUUCCCUCCAUAUUACAUGUAGUUUUUAAUACUUCUUACAGCGACAGCAGUGACAGUAAUAUAUUAAAAGAUAAUCCCAAAAUAAUAAGCAUAUUUAACGUCACAUCCAUCUGUACACAGUGAAGAAAAAAAAAAGGUUAAUACUUUAAACUUGCUUGUGCUACCUGAUCACAGCUCGCAUUAAUUGAACCCCGGCCAAAGAAUACAUGAAGAAUGCGUCAUUAGUGCACACAGUCACACAAUGGUUUACAAACUCGUUUCUUUUCUUCCUUUGCAUGUAAUCUCUUUGCCAUGAAGAACCUGGACAUUUCUGUACCAUUAAUGCUGGUUUCAAUUGAACAAAAAUAAACGUCCCCGGAAUUCAA